AGACGCAAGACGCCGGGCCUACCGCGGGAGCGUGAGGGAAGCCGCGCGUUGCGUUCCAAGGCAUCUGUGAGCCCGCGGAGUAUACACCAUGAGCAAAGCUCACCCUCCCGAGUUGAAAAAGUAAGUAUGUGUGAGAGCCAAACCGAAGUGGUCAGUUAUUUGCGUCCCGCGAGUCCCUUGGUUCCCUCUCCGUUAGCCGAAUGUCUUGAGCCGCUUCACUUCAUUUCUUCUUCCGGUCCGAGGUCGCCGGGAUCCCGGCCAGGCUCCCGCGCAUGAGACGUGAAGCCCGCGCAGAGCUCGCGCGUCGGUGUGGUUACGGCCGGCAGCCACGGCACCUCCUUCCGGCCGACUAGUCUCCAGGUCCCGCGGUCCGGCCCCUGGUCACCCGGCGCUCUCCCUCGUUCCUUGAAGAUCUCCAACGCCACCUUUUGUUGAACAUCUCGAAUAGUAUCAUGUUCUAGAUAGACGGCUAGAGGGGGAAAUUCUCUAAAGGAACUAAGGAGGGGCUGGAAGGGAAGGAAGUGUUUUUAAAACUACGUGAGGCAUCAGAAUCCGAAAGCCACUUUAGUCUUAGCAAAUGUGUUUGUAGGUGUUUUGAGCUUUUACUUAGAAACCUCAUUCCUUUUUCUUGCCUUCUUUUACGUUAAGCUUGAACGUCGUGUUAUCUUGCUCUGAUGUUGAAACUAUGUAAGAACAUUCAUUUUUCUUUUUUUUUAAGAACAUUAAUUUUUUCUAGUCAGAGAAGGCUAAUUUUUUGAAGUUUUUUCUACACACCCAGUAAAGUCAAACAACUUUAAGUAGGAGAGGCUUACUUUAGGUAGGACUCAACGUAAAGCUUUGAACUCCUCAAAUACUUUUUGAGUGGACUUAACAGGUUAUGUGUUUCCUGACUACGUUUCUGUUUUGCUUAUACUUCCUGAUGCUGGAAUUCUACAUGUAUUAGUUGGAUUGCACAAAGGAUGCAAAAUUUUUACAGGGAUCAGUUUUUUCUGGCGUAGCAUGCGGUUGGCUUCGUGUAUAGUUAAUUUAUUACCAGGCCCAUGGAAGUCAGACAAAAGGUAAAGUUCCUAUUUAAUAAUUUUGCGGCCGGGCACAGUGGCUCACGCCUGUAAUCCCAGCACUUUGGGAGGCUGAGGCGAGUGGAUCACCUGAGGUCAGGAGUUCGAGACCAGCCUGGCCAACAUGGUGAAACCCCCGUCUCUACUAAAAAUACAAAAAAUUAGCCAGGCAGGUGGUGUAAGCCUGUAGUCUCAGCUACUCCGGAGGUUGAGGCAGGAGAAUCGCUUGAACCCGGGAAGCGGAGAUUGCAGUGAGUCAAGAUCGCACCAUUGCCCUCCAGCCUGGGUAACAAGACCGAAACUCUGUUUCAAAAAAUAAUAAUAUUUUUGCAUUUAAAGGUCCAUUUGUAUCAAAGCCAUCUUUUGUAUGAAAACUACUUCUAUGUAUAUUUUAGUUAGGUCUGUUAAGGAAUUAAUUAUUAAAACAUAAGCCCAACGCGUGCUGGGAUUACAAGCAUGAGCCACUGCGCCCGGCCCAUAAAUAUAUUUUUACUUGUAAAUGUAUCUACUCCCUCCUUCAGUCAUGCUCGUUUUAUAUUUACAUUUUCCCUUGAUAAUCCUAUACAUUAAAAUUGAAUAAGUGCCCCACUUCGUGGCCCAUAUACUAAACAUCUUUUUUUUCAUUUUUUUAUAUUUUAAAAUUUGAAUGAAAUUUUUAAAAUUGAAUGAAAUUUUAUGUUUUCUGGCCUAUAAAUGGAAGAGAUUAAAAACUGAUUUGACUGCAUGGCUUAAUCUCGUAUUCCACUAAAAUGGAAUUUUUUUUUAAUUCAUAUCGUUUGAAGUUUCAAAUGUGCAUUUAUUAUUCUAAAAUAUACUUAAAUGUUGAGGACUACCCUGAACAUUUAUGCUUGAUGCUUUAAUAUUAAAUAAAAGAACACUACUUAUUUCAAAUAUAAAAUACCUAUUGAAUUGGAUAUGAUUUGAUUACUGUUUGCUGUCUUUACAACUUAGUUUUGGAAAUAACCAAACGUAGGCAAGUCUUUGUUUUCCUCUUGUGACUAUAAAAUCCAAUCAUUGAAAAUUAGGUCAAUGAGACCAGAUGUGGUAGCUCAUGCCUGUGUAAUCCCAGCAGCACUUUGGGAGGCUGAGGGGGAGCAUAUUUUUUGAGGCUGGUCUCAACUCCUGAGCUCAAGCAGUCCACCCGCCUCAGCCUCCUAAAGUGCUGGGAUUACAGGCGUGAGCUACCUUGCCCUACUCCCUCACUCUUUACAGCAAUACAUUAUUUUUACUAUUUUAGAUUUCAUUAUUCCCAUUGUAUAAAUUUUAGCAAAUUAUCUUAACUAUACCUAUUUACUUGUUUAUGCUUAAAUUUUUUUAAUUGGUUAUAUAAUCUUUACCCUUUUCCUUUUUCAGAUUUAUGGACAAGAAGUUAUCAUUGAAAUUAAAUGGUGGCAGACAUGUCCAAGGAAUAUUGCGGGGAUUUGAUCCCUUUAUGAACCUUGUGAUAGAUGAAUGUGUGGAGAUGGCGACUAGUGGACAACAGAACAAUAUUGGAAUGGUGGUAAUACGAGGAAAUAGUAUCAUCAUGUUGGAAGCCUUGGAACGAGUAUAAAUAAUGGCUGUUCAGCAGAGAAACCCAUGUCCUCUCUCCAUAGGGCCUGUUUUACUAUGAUGUAAAAAUUAGGUCAUGUACAUUUUCAUAUUAGACUUUUUGUUAAAUAAACUUUUGUAAUAGUCAAAAA